UCAUGUCCAACGUACACAAUAUUUUAGCUGCUCGUCUGAAAAUUGGAACAUUCGGGACUUUCUGGAGGAAUGUGAUUUAGAACUGUUUGAACAGAAAAUCGACUGUUACAUUAAGAGUCUCAAGGCAUUUGUUAAUGACAAAAGAGUCAACAGAAAAGACAAGGCACAAAAACUUCUCGAUAAUUUCAGGAAGAAGGCAACUUCUUACUUACUUAACACUGGCUCUGCUGAGAUGCAGACGACCUUCUUGGUCGCUGGGGACCUUCUAGAUGAAUACUUACAACUACCAUAUACUCCACUACGUCAACUUUUUCCUUCAUCAGAUGCUUUCGUUCCCUGGCAACAGAGCAGUAAUAAGAGAUUAAAUGUUCAAGAGUUUUCAGAUUUAGAGGAUCUCAAUUUCACUUAUUUCACUUCAGAUCACGGAGUUAAUUCACGAAAUAUGCAAAAUGUUAGUAACGAAGAUGCUUACAUAAAAAGCAUCCAAUUAUUUCAGGAGAAUGCAACGGAAGAAAUUUAUUUCUCAAAUCCGUUAACAGAUUCUGAAAGGUGUUUUUUAAGGGAGAUCUGGAAUUCGUUGGAACCUUCAAAUGAAACACAGAAAAUCCGCCAAAAUAAAUGGGACAAAGUUUUACAGCCUCUCUUAAAAAAAUAUAAUAAUCAUUUUGAG